UCAACUUUAUCUAGAGUAGAUUUGUUCAAUGUUUAACGACGAACUAGUACGAACAUUUGCUUGAUUUUGAAGGAAAAGUGAUUUUGUAAUGAUGAAUUACACCAUACGAAACUUGUCAAAUGACGAGAGGGAUUCCGAAUUCGCCAGUAGAAUGAUGAUGAAAGCUGCUUAUGGAUUUUAUGAAGCGUUAUAUUCCAGUAGCAGCUUAAAGACCAUACUUGACUUCUACACUAGCGUAUACAAAUGUCAGACAAACAUCUUUCGUAAGAACGUGUUUGUACUAACUGUGGGGAAGGAAAACGUUGGAUUUGCUGAAGUUGAUUUUGAAGACAGCGUUAAAAAGAUGCCCGGUGUGAAAGAUUUUGUAAAGACAUUUGGAAUAAAAGAUAUCUGCAAGCUUCUGCUGCUUAAAAGGGUAUUUGUCUUUCCGAUACCUCGUUCUGAAGCGUAUCUACAUUACCUAGCCAUAGAAGAAAAGUUUAAAGGUCAAGGUUAUGGCACAGCUCUGCUCAAGAAGGUCGAGAAAGAAGCUGUGUCUAGACAAUGUAAUAAAAUAUUUUUACUGACAUUUCCAUCAAAUACACGAGCAAUAAAAUUUUACGAGCGACACGGAUACAGGGCUGCUGGAAAGAUCCAGACUGGAUACGGAUUGUUCCCUAUCCUUGUCAAUAAACCGGGUAUUAUUCGAUAUGAGAAGCAUUUGUCAUUGUAGUGAAUACAUAAAAACUACAUGAUACAUGUACCAGGCUUAAAUAUAUAAUGGUUGUGUUUUCUUGCUUGUCUUAAUACUAAUGUUGGCAAGUCGAACGAUUUUUAUGAACAUGUUACUCGCUUAAUCUAUUAAGUUAAUACAUAUCAACAAAAAUGUACACUGGUAGAAUGUUUUGGAACACUUUACUCGAAAAUUUAUUAAUGUUUAUUUAUGAUACAUUAUAUGUUAUUUAGUAUGUAUGCAUUACAUAAUCAUUACAUUUACUGUAGAUAGUAAAAUAUUUUAAGAUGUAAAUAUGUAUAUCAAUAAUUUUAAAUACUCGUAUUUGUAUAAAUUUUGAAUCAUGAU